GCAGUACCGGCGGCGGCCCGUUGGCAGGCAGGCGCCGCUAGGAGCGGCUCGGCGGCAGGAUGAAGUUCGCCGAGCACCUCGCGGCGCACAUCACCCCCGAAUGGCGGAAGCAGUACAUCCAGUACGAGGCUUUGAAAGAGAUGCUGUAUGCAGCCGUGGACCAGGCCCCUUCUAUAGAAGACACAGAUGAAGACACGGUAAAAAGAUGUUUUGCCACGUUUGAAGAGAAGUUCUUCCAAACCUGUGAGAAAGAACUUGCCAAAAUCAACAUUUUCUAUUCAGAAAAGCUUGCAGAAGCUCAGCGCAGAUUCACUACUCUUCGGACGGAGUUACAGUCAACGUUGGAUGCACAGAAAGAAGCCAGUGGGGCUUCCACGCUGCCGCGGCGCAGAAAGCCAGUCUUCCACCUGUCCCACGAGGAGCGUGUCCAGCAUAGGAAUAUCAAAGACCUGAAAUUGGCCUUCAGCGAGCUCUACCUCAGCCUCAUCUUACUGCAGAACUAUCAGAACCUGAACUUCACUGGUUUCCGCAAGAUCUUGAAGAAGCAUGACAAGAACCUGGAGACAACACGAGGGGCAGAGUGGCGCGUGGCCGAGGUGGAGGUGGCACCCUUCUACACCUGCAAGAAGAUCAACCAGCUCAUCUCUGAAACAGAGGAAGUGGUGACCAAUGAGUUAGAGGAUGGGGACAGACAGAAGGCUAUGAAACGUUUGCGUGUUCCACCUUUGGGAGCAGCUCAGCCUGUACCAGCCUGGACUACAUUCAGGGUUGGAUUUUUCUGUGGAUUGUUCGUUGCACUGAACGUGACUGUCAUACUUUCAGGUGUGGCUUUUAUAGAUGGACCAGAUGUGUGGCCACUGGUGAGAAUCUAUCGAGGUGGCUUUCUCCUAAUAGAAUUCCUCUUUCUCCUGGGUAUCAACACGUACGGCUGGAGACAGGCUGGUGUGAAUCAUGUCCUCAUCUUCGAGCUCAAUCCCCGCAGCAACCUGUCCCAUCAACAUCUCUUUGAGAUUGCUGGAUUUCUGGGGGUUUUGUGGUGCCUCAGCCUGCUGGCAUGUAUAUAUGGUAAAUUCAUCUACAUCCCUAUGCAGGUGAAUCCACUCAUCUUGUAUGGCUGCAUGUUGCUUUUUCUCAUCAACCCUACCAAAACCUUGUAUUACAAGUCCCGUUUUUGGCUGCUCAAACUAUUGUUUCGAGUGUUCACUGCUCCCUUCCACAAGGUGGGCUUCGCAGAUUUCUGGCUGGCUGAUCAGCUCAACAGCCUGGUUGUAAUACUCAUGGAUCUGGAAUACAUGAUUUGCUUCUACAGCUUCGAGGUUCAGUGGACGGACAGUGAUGGACUUCUGGCAAACACAGAUGAUCAGAUUUGUUACAGCUACUCCUACGGAGUGAGAGCAGUUGUCCAGUGCAUCCCUGCUUGGUUGCGAUUCAUCCAGUGCCUGCGCCGGUACCGCGAUAACAAACGGGCCUUUCAUCUGGUUAACGCUGGAAAAUAUUCCACCACCUUCUUUGUGGUGACAUUUGCAGCCCUCUACAGCACUCAUAAAGCUAAAAACCACAGCGACACCCAAGUGUUCUUCUACCUGUGGAUUAUCUUCUAUUUCAUCAGCUCUUGCUACACCCUCAUCUGGGACCUGAAGAUGGACUGGGGUCUCUUUGACAAAAAUGCUGGUGAAAAUACCUUUCUUCGAGAAGGAAUUGUCUACCCACAGAAAGCAUACUACUAUUGUGCCAUUGUUGAGGACGUGAUCCUGCGCUUUGCCUGGACCAUCCAGAUCUCCCUCACUUCCAUGCAGAUCUUUCCACAUGCUGGGGAUAUCAUUUCUACUGUGUUUGCCCCACUUGAGGUUUUUAGGAGGUUUGUCUGGAACUUCUUCCGUCUGGAAAACGAGCACCUGAACAACUGUGGUGAGUUCCGUGCCGUCAGGGACAUCUCCGUGGCACCGCUCAACGCCGACGACCUGACGCUGUUGGAUCAGAUGAUGGACCAGGAGGACGGCGUGCGGAACCGCCGCAAGAACAAGCAGUGGAAGCGCAGCCAGAGCAUAUCCUUGCGCAGACCUCGCCUGGCUUCACAGUCCAAGUCUUCUGACACAAAGGUAUUGAUAGAGGACCUAGCAAAAGAAGUGAACACAUGAAGCAGCCACGAUCUCUUAUUCAGCAUCCUUUGUUUUCUCGUUCUGCUCCCCUCUUCCCCAAGUAACCCAAUCUCUGGUACAGUUCCAGCUGCAAACAGGAGAAAACACUGAACACAUUUUCCGAGCUCUUCCAGACCAGAUCCUAUGGACUCCAACAAGCUCACUGUGUUUUGUUUCUUUUCUUCUGCGUUAAUUUUGAUGUCCUAUUUUAACAAACAAACAAACACAAAAUAAAACAUUUUACUUUCUUUUGCCAAUAAAGAGGACAGUUCAGGAAA